CAAUAAUCCACAGUGUUUGUUAACCAUCGACACCCUGACUAUUUCCCCCACCUCUACCUCUUUAUCCAUCAGCAUUGCGCCGGCGUUGGGGAACAUCAGGUCCUCGCAAAUGUCGACAAGAGCGAGGCUUCCCUUCUUGAUCUGUGCAGUCAGAAGCCAUGGCGGACGUCUUAUCGACUAACGCCCCCAAUGGCGAUUCGACCCAUUCCUCCACAGAACCGGUCGACCCUUUAUCCGUUCUAGAACAUAUCGCCAACCUGAUAGAAACCACCCUCGGCGCAGCCAGAAGAGAACUCGAGGCCGUCGGAAGCCUGCUGUCCAAAGCAAGCCAUGCCGACUCCCUCAGCAAAUGUGCCAGAUUCGCAGAUGAUUCGCAAGUCUCCCUCUUCGCUCGGAAAGAUCGAAGAGAAGAGCUGAUCAACGGACAUGAUGAUACACCUAAAAUCGAACAUGUCUAUACGCUGUCCUCCGAGUUAUCCCCUGAGCCUACCACGAUCGCUUCCAUUGUCUUCCUGAAACUGGCCGGACCUCUCGAUGGACGAAAGCCUAUCGCCAGCCAGAUACAAGUCUUCAAUCUGCCGGGAUCAUACAGCGCUGAUGAGGAGGGGAACACCAAUGCCGAUCUCGCCUCCCCGUACAAUGUGGUUUACUCACUUGUGCACCAUGUCCUCAGCCCUUACUUUGACGCUUACACGAGAUCGGGAGGGUCGUCAAGUCGCAAUUACUAUGAUGCUCAGGCCAAGGGAGGAGUUCAUGGCGCAAAGAGACGGAUAAAAGAGUUGGAAGUCAGUCUCCUGAAUUUGAAGCAGAAUACCGAUGUACCUUUGGUUCAUCUGCCCUUGCACGAUGUUGUCGUCCAGGCCCUACAAGAUGCCGCUGCGCAGAGAGUUCAGCCGUCCGUUCAAUUGGUCCCCGGCCAUGUUCUCGAAAAUGCGACUGUUCAGAACAGCCUGACGAAUUGCGUCAACGGAUGGAUCAGAUCAAUACAGGGCCUCACCAAGCUUUCCAAGGAAUCAACAGAUACUGCAGAGGCACGAACAUCUGCUGCACAGGAAAUUAACUUCUGGUUGAACCUCGAAGGGGCGCUGAGCAAGGUGGCGGAAGAACUAGAAUCACCCGGUGUCAAACUGACUAUGGAGAUCUUGAAAAAGGUCAAACGACAACAACAAGUCUUCGGAUUCGAGACAGAUACCGGGUUGAAAGAAGCUCGCGAUACGGUCCACAAUUACAAUACGCUCAUGCGCGACUUUCCUUUGGACGAGCUCUCUUCCGCAACUUCAUUGAGCAAAGUGGCAGAAGCGUUGCAACAUAUCUUUGCGCAUUUGAACAAGAAAUGGAGAGUCUGCAACUAUCCCAUACGACGGGCUUUGAAGCUGGUCGAAGGUCUCUCUACCGAAAUGAACACUCAAGUGCACAAUCUGCUGCUGGAACGAUCCUUAAUGUCUUCAACAUACGAUGACUUCAAGAGUCGGAUGGAAUCAGUCAAUAAAGUAUGGGAGACCUGGGACGAAGAGCUCAAAACCUUCACUGCAGUAGCGCGCGAGAUAACUAGGCGGAAGGGCACCGACUUUGUGCCGGUUAGAAUCGUGCCUCAGCAUGCUGCUACUCAAGAGCGUCUUCGGUAUGUAAAUCGAUUCCGAAACGACCACGAACAGCUCCUGCAGACAAUCGUCAACGUCCUUGGCAAUGCCCGUGGUAGAGGAUCCGCUGGAGCAACAGAAGAAAGCGGCCCAGUCGUCAUCGAAGAGCUUGGAGACGUGGACGCUGUUGAAGAAGUUACUGCCGCAUACGAAGUCGUCCGACAUGUGAACGUUCUGGACCUCUCUGAAGAUGGGACCAGGGUCUGGAACCAGGCGGAACAGCAAUACAGCGAGAGAACGUCCCGGGUCGAAGAUUCUAUCAUCGCAACCUUGAGAGAUCGAUUAGGGAAAGCAAAGACGGCCAAUGAGAUGUUUCGUGUCUUUGAGAAGUUCAAUGCAUUGCUUGUCAGACAGAAAGUCCAGAGCGCGACCAAAGCAUAUCAGGCGCAGCUUUUGGACAAUGUCAAGACAGCAAUCGCCUCAUUACACGAACGCUUCAAGCAGCAGUAUGGCGGCUCCGAGGCGCAAAUGAUGGCUCAAUUGCGCGAUAUUCCCCCGGUGGCUGGCGCCAUUCUCUGGGUUCGACAAAUAGAGUCGCAGCUUGAUAGCUACAUGUCAAAAGUGCAGGCCGUCCUGGGCGAGGAUUGGAAGUCACACACGGAGGGAGAGAAGCUACUCAGCGAAAGUGACAUGUUUCGAAGAAAACUGACGACACGCGACAUUUAUGAAGUGUGGCUGCACGAUGUUCAAUCAAGAGACAUCUCGGUAACGGGCAGACUGUUUGUCAUUACCCGCAGUCGAAGUGCGAACGGCGCACUAGAGCUCGGAGUCAAUUUCGACAAUCAUGCCAUUUCCCUGUUCAAGGAGGUCAGAAAUCUCACCUGGCUGAGUUAUCAAAUACCUCAUCGCAUAGCUACGACAGCCAAGCAGGCUCAACGAGUGUAUCCAUACGCACUGAGCUUGAUGGAAAGUGUCGCCGGAUAUUCUGCUGCUGUUCGGACGAUUCAGGCGAUGCGCAACAUGGUAUCGUUGAUGGCUGGUUACGAGAAGGAGGUGCAGACUCUCUUCACAACGGGUGUGAGGCUGCGGUGGGAUUCGUUCAUCCACUCAUAUGAGUUGCACAUCAAGGGAAAAUCUACGUCCAACGACUCUGCACAUGUUCAGUACGUGCGUGAUUUGGCUGUCACAGUCGCCACUUUGCAGAGCAAGACAGCCACCAUUCGAGAACUUGACCAGAAAAUCCAGCAGGCACUGUCUGAGUUAAGUACAUGUCGAUAUUCUGCGAAGACAUUCCAGGCUCAGAUGGACAUCAUUCAAAACGCGGUGGACAAGAUGAACCUGGAAAAUUAUGCCAAUCUCUCGCAGUGGGUUUCCGAACUCAACACUCAGCUCAGCCUAAUAUUCCAAGAUCGAUUGCGGCAGGCUCUGAGACAUUGGACUACGUCUUUCAGCUCCGCUGACGAACCCGAUGGCAACCUUCAAGGUAACCCUUCUUCGGAGGAUGCCAUCUACCAGGUGCAGUUUCCCGCAACGCAGAUCGAGAUCAUGAUGAACAAUCAGACCAUCUUUGUCGACCCACCCAUAAACUUCGUCAAAGCCACUUGGGUGCACCAGCUCGAAGACUGGCUGGACGUCCCCUGCCAUCUAACCCAGAUCGCCAUGCGAUAUCAGAUAGCGACGGAUGCUGGUCGUGCGCAGUCAAUGCCCACAUUCGCCGACUUGCCGCUGCAAACAGCGGAGACCUUGAUGGUGGCCUACACGUCAAUUGAUGACAAGGUACACGAAAUGACCGCUUACCUGGACGAGUGGUACACAUAUCAGAACUUGUGGGACCUCCAAGCAGACCACUUGCAUGAGAGGCUCGGGGAGGAUCUCGGUCAAUGGCACCAGCUGUUGCAAGAAGUCCGUCACGCCCGAUCGACAUUCGACACCUCCGAGGGACGUAAGACGCUUGGCAGUGUUACCUUUGACUAUGAACAGGUGCAGUCAAAGAUUGCCCAAAAGUACGACCAGUGGCAGUAUGAUAUCACCAGCAAGUUUGGAGGCAUUCUUGGCAACCGUAUGGCAGAAGUGUACACCAACAUGAACCGCGCCCGGCUUGAGCUCGAAAACCAAUCUCUGGAAACAUCUUCCACAGCACAGGCCGUUGCUUUCAUCACGACCGUACAGCAGUGCCGCCGCGAUGCAGCUAUAUGGGGACCUGAAGUGGAGAUCUUUCUACAGGGUCAGACGGCCCUGUCAAGACAGCGGUACAAUUUUGGCAGCAAUUGGCUUCAUGCAGACACGGUCAGAGACGAAUGGAACUCUUUCGAAGGGCUCCUCAACCGAAAGGGCAAAAUCGUCGAAGAGCAAACUGAUGCUCUGCGAGCUAACAUUGACGUUCAAGAUCGCCUCAUCAGUGAUCGUGUCGCCGAUGUCGUCACUCGAUGGUCAGAAGAAAAGCCCGUUUCAGGAACAAUUCCACCUACUGAGGCUGCCGAGUUGCUGCGCGUGUUCCAAGACCGGAUGGAAAAGCUUCAACACGAGGCCGAAACCGUCGCCAAAGCGAAGGAAGCUCUUGCCAUGUCACUGAACAAGGACAAUGCCCUGUCAUCCGCUUUGGAAGAAGUGAGCGACUUCAAAUCGGUGUGGUCUGCACUGUCAACCAUAUGGGACAGCAUCAAUGAACUUCGCGACACGUUGUGGACAACCUUACAACCUCGGAAGCUCCGCCAAUCACUGGAUGGCCUUGUGAAAAUGACGAAAGAGAUGCCCAGUCGCAUGCGACAAUAUGCUGCAUUUGAGCAUGUGCAAAAUGUUCUGCGGCAGUUGAUCAAGGCAAAUUCUCUACUGGCGGAUCUGAAAUCAGACGCCAUUAGGGAACGGCAUUGGCUCAAAAUAUACAAGGCUCUCAAGCCCAACAAACGUUAUUCUGAAGUGUCGAUGACACUGGGAGACGUGUGGGAUCUUCAACCGGUAGCCAGCGAAUCCACUAUCAGAGACAUCAUUGUGCAAGCCCGAGGAGAAUUGGCUCUUGAGGAGUUUGUCAAGCAGGUACGCGAUACGUGGCAGAGUUACCCUCUUGACCUGGUCAACUAUCAAAGUAAAUGUCGCCUUAUUCGUGGCUGGGACGAUCUCUUCUCGAAAUGCAGCGAAAACCUCAACUCUCUGCAAGCUAUGAGACAUUCACCAUACUACAAAGAGUUCGAAGAAGAGGCUUCGGCAUGGGAGGACAAGCUGAACCGAGUCCAUGUGUUGUUCGAUGUCUGGAUCGAUGUUCAAAGACAAUGGGUGUACCUGGAGGGCGUGUUUACCGGUAACAACGAUAUCAAGCACCUCCUACCCACAGAGUCCAGCAGAUUCUCAAACAUCAAUACCGAGUUCUCCGCAGUGAUGAAGAAGGUUUACAAGUCCCCCUUUGUGAUGGACGUGCUCGCUAUUCCUGGCGUCCAGAAAUCUCUAGAACGCCUUGCGGAGCUGCUUAGCAAAAUUCAGAAGGCUCUGGGCGAGUAUCUCGAACGAGAGCGUGUCUCUUUCCCUCGAUUCUACUUCGUUGGUGACGAGGAUCUGCUGGAGAUCAUCGGCAAUACCAACGACAGCAUACGUGUGGCCAAGCACUUCAAGAAGAUGUUUGCCGGCAUAUCUGGAGCCGAAGUGAGCGAUGACAGCACAAUCACGGCUGUUACUUCGAAAGAAGGCGAGGUUGUCAAGCUCAAGAAGGAAGUCUCUCUGGUCAAACUGCCCAAGAUCAACGAGUGGUUGACCGCGCUCGAUACCAAUGUCAAACAGACUCUGGCCGAGCUACUCGCGGAAGCCAUUGGUGCUUUCAGACCACUCUUCUCCGCCGACGAGCUAGAAGCGACGUUGUUUCAAGAGUACAUGGAAAUGUUUCCUGCUCAAAUCAUGAUUCUGGCUGCUCAAGUGGUCUGGACCGACCUAGUGCGAGAAUCGCUUGAGGCUGCCGGACAGGGACUGUCGAAGCUGCACGAAUAUGAGGUGAGGCUGCUUAAUCUGUUGGCUGAAAGUGUUUUGCAAGAUUUGCCGGUUUUGACACGCAAGAAAUGCGAACAUCUCAUCACCGAAGCUGUUCAUCAGCGAGAUGUCAUUGCAAAAUUAAUCAAAGCGGAAGCUGACUCCCCCGGACAUUAUCUGUGGAUCUUGCAAAUGCGUUAUGCCUACGAUCCAGAGGCUGAGCUGAUGACCCGGCUACGCAUCGAAAUGGCAAAUGCUGUCCUAGAUUACGGCUACGAAUACCUUGGUGUGCCUGAUCGUCUCGUGCGGACACCGCUUACGGAUCGCUGCUUUUUGACGCUGACACAAGCACUCUGUCAGAGACUUGGUGGUUCUCCGUAUGGUCCUGCUGGAACUGGAAAGACGGAAUCCGUCAAGGCUCUGGGACUUCAGCUGGGUCGCUUUACCUUGGUCUUCUGCUGUGAUGACACUUUUGACUUUCAAGCCAUGGGUCGCAUCUUUCUCGGAUUGUGCCAGGUCGGAGCCUGGGGAUGCUUUGAUGAAUUCAACCGACUGGAGGAACGAAUCCUUUCCGCUGUGUCCCAGCAGAUCCAAAACAUUCAAAUUGGUCUCAAAAACAGCAGCACCAAUGAACAGAAAGCCGUGAUCGAUCUUGUUGGAAGACGUCUCAAAGUCAAUCCCAAUUCUGGACUAUUCAUCACGAUGAAUCCUGGAUACGCUGGUCGCUCCAAUCUACCAGACAAUCUGAAGAAGCUAUUCAGGAGCGUAGCCAUGUCCAAACCCGACAAGGAACUGAUUGCCGAGGUUAUGCUUUUCUCUCAAGGCUUCAAACAGGCAAAGGAUAUCUCUUCUCAUAUCGUGCCUUUCUUUGACCACUGUGCCCAGCGCCUUUCGAAACAACCCCACUACGACUUCGGCCUCCGAGCCCUGAAAAGUGUCCUCGUCAGCUCAGGAGGUCUCAAACGUGUCCGAAUCCAAGCUGGGGAGGACACACUUGAUGAUGAGAGUGUCCUUGAACCGCAGAUUAUUGUACAGAGUAUCCGAGAGACGGUGUCACCAAAGCUCAUCAAGCAAGAUGUGGAGACCCUUGUCGAGAUCCAGGCGCAAGACUUCCCAGGAGUUGAAUAUGUUCCAGCCAACAUGACGAAGCUCAUUGAAGCGAUCAAGGAAGUGAUGCAAGAGGAACAUCUGACCGUGAGCGAUGCAUGGAUGGUCAAAAUCAUGCAAUUAUACCAGAUCCAAAACAUCCAUCAUGGUGUAAUGAUGGUAGGUCAAUCCGCAUCUGGCAAAUCUGCGAUCUGGAAGGUCCUGCUUCGAGCUCUUCAGAAGGUCGAGGGCGUCGAGGGUGUCCAUCAUGUGAUCGAUCCGAAAGUGAUGUCCAAAGAGGCACUUUACGGUAGCCUUGACAACACCACCAGAGAGUGGACAGACGGAUUGUUCACCGCCAUACUGAGGAAAGUGGUCGAUAAUCUGCGUGGUGAAGACAACAAACGACAUUGGAUUGUGUUUGAUGGCGACGUUGAUCCCGAAUGGGUCGAAAAUCUGAACAGUGUGCUGGAUGAUAACAAGCUCCUCACUCUCCCCAAUGGCGAACGGCUGAAUCUACCACCAAAUGUGCGCGUCAUGUUCGAAGUCGAGAGUCUGAAAUAUGCAACACUUGCCACUGUCAGUCGUUGCGGUAUGGUCUGGUUCUCGGACGAUACUGUUACCCCGUCUCUCAUCAUCGACCAUUACCUGCAGAAAUUGUCGGAACGCAGUUUCGAUGAUUUGGACGAUGAAGUCAAAGCUUCAGGCCUCAGCAGCAAAGCCCAGGAAACUCAGCGGCACGUCGUCGAAACGUUGAGAGGGCUGAUAAACCGUGAUGACUUUCUAUCAAAGGCAUUGUCAACGGCAACAAAUUACAGGCACAUUAUGGAAUUCACCGGGGCCAGAGCACUUGAUAGCCUUUUCAGCUUACUGGCAAAGAGCUAUCGACUGGUCCUGGAGUACAACAUCUACCACCCUGACUUCCCUCUGGAUCUGGAACAGACCGAGGCUUAUAUUUCGAAGAAGCUUCUGUUGGCAUGUGUCUGGAGUUUCGUGGGUGAUGCGAGCCUGCAUAUCCGAAAGGAGUUCGGUGACUUUCUUGGUGCAAUGACAAAUGUUGACGUACCAAGCCUCGACAGUACUACGUCCCUCAUCGACUUUGAUGUUUCGCUGCCACAGGCACAAUGGGUAUCCUGGCGGUCUCAAGUUCCUACGGUAGACUUGAACACCCACUCGAUCACUCAAACAGACGUCAUUAUUCCCACCAUUGACACUGUCCGUCAUGAGGACGUUCUGUAUUCUUGGUUGUCGGAGCACAAGCCGCUUAUGCUGUGUGGUCCACCAGGAUCCGGCAAGACCAUGACGCUGUUCAGUGCGCUUCGCAAAUUGCCAGAUCUGGAGGUUGUAGGCCUGAACUUCUCGAGCGCCACCCAACCUGAAUUGAUCGUCAAGACGUUCGAACAAUACUGUGAGUACAAAAAGACUCUCAAUGGCAUGGUACUAUCUCCAACCCAGCUUGGUCGGUGGUUGGUCAUCUUCUGCGACGAGAUCAAUCUUCCAGCCCCGGACAAAUACGGAACCCAGCGCGCGAUCAGCUUCUUGCGCCAGCUUGUAGAGCAAAACGGCUUCUGGCGCACAUCAGACAAGGCCUGGGUAUCGUUAGAGCGCAUCCAAUUUGUCGGUGCCUGUAAUCCUCCAGAAGAUGCAGGACGUCAUCCGAUGGGUGAUCGCUUCUUGAGACAUGCGCCUGUUGUCAUGGUUGACUAUCCUGGCGAGCUUUCUUUGACUCAAAUCUAUGGCACUUUCAACAAUGCGGUCCUGAAAGUUGUGCCCGCAUUACGAGGCUUCGCCGACUCACUGACUCGAGCAAUGGUCGAAUUUUAUCUCAAGUCUCAGGCACGUUUCACCCCUGACAUUCAACCACAUUAUGUGUACUCGCCCAGAGAGCUUACGCGCUGGGCCCGUGGCAUCUACGAGGCAAUUGCACCUCUCGAACACCUUUCCCUCGAAGGCCUUAUCCGGAUCUGGGCGCACGAGGCGUUGCGCCUUUUCUCGGAUCGUCUUGUGGAACCCGAUGAGCGAGCAUGGACUUCCGACAUGGUUAGACAGACCGCGCUGGAGCACUUCCCUUCUGCAGACAUUGAUCAAGCACUCCAAGGGCCAAUAUUGUUCUCGAAUUGGCUUUCAAAGAACUACGUGUCGGUUGAACAGGAGCAGUUGCGUGAAUUUGUCAAGGCACGCCUCAAGACGUUCUGCGAGGAGGAGGUCGAUGUGCCACUGGUCCUAUUCAACGACGUUCUCGAGCAUGCACUUCGGAUUGACAGGGUCUUCAGACAGCCACAAGGCCAUCUCAUCUUGAUCGGCACCAGCGGUAGUGGAAAGACCACUUUGGCGAGGUUUGUCGCUUGGAUGAAUGGGUUGAACAUCUUCCAAAUCAAGGUCCACGGCAAAUACUCCGCUGAGGAUUUCGAUGACGACCUUAGAGGUGUUCUGCGGGCCUGCGGAUGCCGCGGGCAAAAGAUCUGCUUUAUUAUGGACGAGUCAAAUGUGCUUGACUCGGGCUUUCUGGAAAGAAUGAAUACGCUGCUCGCCAAUGGUGAAGUGCCAGGUCUGUUCGAAGGUGAUGAGUACUCGGCUUUGAUGACUGCUUGUAAGGAAGGAGCUCAGCGAGAGGGGCAAGUACUCGACUCCCAGGAAGAGCUCUACAAGUGGUUUACCAAGAACAUCGUGCGGAACUUACACGUUGUUUUCACCAUGAAUCCGCCACAAGAAGGACUAUCGUCGAAGGCAGCUACAAGUCCGGCCUUGUUCAAUCGUUGCGUGCUGAAUUGGAUGGGUGACUGGUCAGAUCAAGCUCUCUUCCAGGUUGGCUAUGAACUCACUCAGUCGCUGGAUCUGGACAAGGCCAAUUUCACCGCACCGGAUAGUAUUCCAGUGGCAUAUCGUGGUCUCUCUCUUCCGGCCUCUCAUCGCGACACGAUUGUCAACGCAAUGGUGCAUAUACACUAUUCGAUGCGCAAGACCAAUGAUCGUCUUGAGCAACAACAGGGCAUUGUCACAUUUCUUACACCGCGACACUAUUUGGAUUUCGUUUCACAAUUCGGCAAGCUGUUUAGGGAGAAGAGAGAAGAUCUUGAGGAACAACAGCGCCAUCUCAACGUCGGUCUCGAGAAGCUCCGAGAUACUGUCGACAAAGUCCGUGACCUCAGAGCAAGUCUUGACCAGAAGAAACAGCAACUGGAGCUCAAAGAUGCUGAGGCGAAUGAAAAGCUUCAACGUAUGGUGGCCGACCAGCGGGAAGCAGAGUCCAGAAAGACUGCGUCUAUCGAGAUACAAACAGCGCUCGAAAAACAAGAAAAGGAGAUUGGCAGUCGCAGAGAGAUCGUGCUGAGUGAUUUGGCAAAAGCCGAGCCGGCUGUUAUCGAAGCUCAGAGAAGCGUCAGUAACAUCAAGAGACAACAUCUCACCGAAGUCCGGUCCAUGGCCAAUCCUCCUUCGGGAGUAAAACUUGCUCUGGAGUCGGUAUGUACUCUGCUAGGACACAAAGUCGACAGUUGGAAGAGUAUUCAAGCUGUGGUUCGCAAAGAUGACUUCAUUGCAAAUAUUGUCAACUACGACAACGAGCAACAUAUGACACCCAAUCUGCGAGUAAAGAUGCGGCACGACUAUCUAUCAAACGACGAUUUUACCUUUGAGAAAGUGAACCGUGCAAGCAAAGCAUGCGGCCCCCUGGUGCAAUGGGUCGAGGCUCAAGUCAACUAUUCCGAAAUCCUUGACCGUGUCGGACCCUUGCGCGCCGAGGUUGAGCAACUCGAAGAGAAAGCUCUUGACACCAAGGCAGAAGCACAAGCGAUUCAGGAUAUGAUCACUAAACUUGAAGAGAGCAUUGCGAUGUACAAAACCGAAUAUGCUGCUCUCAUCAGUGAGACACAGGCGAUCAAGAGCGAAAUGUCACGGGUCCAGACGAAGGUGGAUCGAAGUCUUCGACUGUUGGACAGUCUCUCGUCCGAACGUGUUCGAUGGGACGCUGCGAGCAAAUCCUUCGAAAUACAGAUUCAGACAUUGGUGGGAGACGUGCUGAUUGCAUCCGCGUUCCUGGCAUAUGCAGGUCUUUACGACCAGCAGUUCAGGAAGACCAUGACAGAUGACUGGCUGCACCACAUGUCACAGUCCGGCAUCUCUUGCAAGAGUGAUGGCUCAGUCUUGGGCUAUCUUUCAUCUGCGGAUGAGCGGCUACAGUGGCAACGUCAUUUACUUCCUGCGGACGACCUGUGCAUGGAGAAUGCAAUCAUGCUCAAGCGCUUCAACCGAUACCCUCUGAUCAUUGACCCACCAGGCAGGGUGACCGAGUUCCUGAAGCAGGAACACCAAGGACGCAUAUUGACUGUCACCAGCUUUUUGGACGAUGCUUUCACGAAGCAACUGGAGAGUGCUCUCCGAUUUGGCAAUCCAAUCUUGAUCCAAGAUGCAGAAUAUCUUGACCCAAUCCUGACGCAUGUCCUCAACAAAGAGUAUCAAAAAACUGGCGGACGAGUGCUCAUUCAGCUGGGCAAACAGGAGAUUGAUUUCUCAGAACAUUUCCAACUUUACCUGUCUACAAGGGAUCCAUCGGCGGCUUUUGCACCUGACGUGUGCAGUAGAACAACCUUUGUCAAUUUCACAGUUACACGCAGCAGUCUCCAGACUCAGUCACUCAAUGAGAUCCUAAAGGCCGAGCGUCCUGAUGUGGACAAGCGGCGGACCAAUUUAGUCAAGAUGCAAGGCGAGUUUGACACGAACCUCCGUCAGCUGGAGAAGAGACUAUUGCAAGCAUUGAACGAGUCUCGUGGUAACAUAUUGGAUGAUGACAAUGUCAUCCACACCUUGGAGACUCUCAAGAAAGAAGCGGCGGUUAUCACGAAGAAGGUUUCUGAGACAGAAGGUGUCCUCGCAGAAGUCCAACGCAUUACUCAAGAGUACAGCCGCAUUGCUGAUGCCUGCAGUGCCAUCUUUGCCCUGCUCGAACAGCUGCAUUACCUCAACCAUGGCUACCGUUUCUCACUUCAGUACUUCCUUGACAUCUUCAACUCCGUCAUGCACGACAAUCCGCACUUGGCAAACAAAACCGACCAUGAUGAGCGAAGAGAAAUCAUCCUGAAGGAUAUAUUUGUGGAGACAUACCGCCGAACAUCCUUGUCUCUGCUACAGAAGGACCGCAUUACUCUUGCAAUGCUUCUCAUACGAGCAAGUCCAUAUCAGUACGACCGAUCAGCCAUGGAGCUAAUCUUCGAGAAUCGGCCACAGUCCCGUGGCGUUAUUUCAGUGGAUGCGAAUCAGGAUGAUGUACUGUCCUCUGUGAAACACAUCCCCAUCUUCAAGAGCGACUUGACUGAUUCAUCCAGCGAUGCCUGGAAGCAGUUCCUCUCUGCUGAGCGCGCCGAACUUUGUGUGCCGCAGGUUUGGGACGAUACUGGCAGUGCCGUUGAUGGGGCUCUUUACAAGCUCUUACUAGUCAAGCUGGCCAGACCUGACAGAUUCUUGCCUGCCGCAGAGAAUCUCGUGGUGACUGUGUUCGGGGUAGAAAUCUUCCAAGGGACCGACGACUUGGGUAUGCUUGUCAACCAAGUGACCGCAUCGGUCCCCAUCGCGCUUUGCUCCAAUCCUGGCUUCGAUGCAAGCUACAAAGUUGACGCACUUGUGGAGAAGCAGCACGUAACAUGUGCCAAUGUCGCCAUGGGUUCAGAAGAGAGUGUUGCUAGCGCCGACAAGGCAAUCACGAGCGCUGCUGCAAGUGGUACGUGGGUACUGAUCAAGAACGUCCAUCUCGCUCCACAAUGGCUGCAGAGCCUCGAGAAACGUCUCUCCUCUCUGAAGCCUCAUUCAGACUUCAGAUUGUUCUUGUCAAUGGAGUCAAGCCCCAAAAUACCUGUCAAUUUGCUCCGAGCAUCAAGGACACUUGUCUACGAACAACCGGCUGGACUGAGGGCGAAUAUGAAGGAGACUUUGACAGUGCUUUCGGACAGGGGCGCCAGGACGCCGGUCGAGAAAGGCAGGCUGUACAUGCUACUAUGCUUCCUACAUGCCGUGCUUCAAGAACGAUUGAGAUAUGCGCCGACACUCGGGUGGAAACGUCUCUGGGAAUUCAAUGACAGUGACUACGAAUGUUGCUCCUUCAUUAUCGACUCCUGGGUCGACGCGAUUGCUCAGGGGAGGUCGAAUGUUGCUCCAGUGAAGUUGCCAUGGGACUUGAUCCGGACGCUGGUCACCGAGAUGUAUGGAGGCAAGAUUGAUGACGAAGGGGACUUCUCGCUGCUGCAUAACAUUGUGGCCAAGGUUUUCGAUCCAGCGGCGUAUGAGACGGAUCAUGAACUGGUGGAAGGCGAAGCACUCAAAGUUCCUUCGGGAACGACCAUUCGAGACUUUUUGGGCUGGGUGGAUCAGCUCCCGGAACGAGAACCACCUGCAUACUUGGGAUUGCCUGCGAACGCGGAAAAGUUGUUGUUGACUGGUCAAGGCAAGGAAACUAUCAAUAACCUUGCCCGGAUCACGGACCUAUUGGAAGAAGGAGAGCAGUCGGUUAUAGCGUCGGAUUGAGAUGGUUCAUGUGAUCAUACAGGCGUUCAGGAGACUUGAAGCCGACAUGGGUGGUUGGACUGUUGGACCCUACAUGCUACAGACAGAGCAUAGCUGUCGAUGUGGCUUUUACUGCUUUGGCAAAGUGUUUGAUUGAUAUGCUGCGAGGUUCGGAAGCCUAUGGCGCAUGGCGUUUCGGAUGGGUGGAAAGACUGGCUCAAAUAAACCCAGUGUUUAGGUUGGGUAUAUAUUUCUAUUGAACCUUACGGCCUAUUUGUGUUAGAUUCAAUAGUAUGAGUACAUUCUC